AUGUUGGAAACCAAAUCUGAGAAACCCACUGUGGCAGUUAUAGGAGCAGGUGCGAGUGGCAUUUGUGCAUACAUUGAACUCGAAAAGAAACUGGGAAUUCAAGCCUCGUUGUUUGAGAUGGAAGAUGAUGUUGGAGGCACUUGGCGACAAAAUACUUACCCGUUUGCAUCAUGCGAUAUUCCUAGCCACGUCUAUUCAUUGAGAUCAGAUUUGAAUCCUAAUUGGUCUCAAACCUAUAGUUUGCAAGCUGAAAUACAGGCCUACUUCAAGGACGUGGCCAAAAAGCACAACAUCUAUGAGCACGUAUCUUUCAAUACAGAAGUAAUACGGGCCGCCUGGCUCGACGACAGAAAGCAGUGGCAACUGGACAUACGAAACACCCGUUCUUCAGCUGAUGCUGCUAUUGAAACUGUGUAUUUUGAUAUUUUGUUCUCUGGCGUUGGUUGUUUACGAAUCAUUAACACGCCUCCGGAAUUCAAGUCCUUCAAAGGUCCUAUCGUUCAUACAGCAAAGUGGAAUCACUCAAUUGACUUUAAGGAUAAACGCGUGGCUAUCGUCGGCAGUGGUUCCAGUGCCAUACAAACAUUGCCUUACCUGGCUGAAAAUGCCUCAAGAGUGAUUGCCUAUCAAAGAUCUGCACCAUGGAUUUUCCCUCGCCCUCAGCUCAAAUAUCCUGAAUUCAUGAAAUGGAUAUUCAGGAAUAUACCGUUUGUCAUGCUACUGCACAGAUGGUUCUUUUUCAUGGUGAACGAGUUACUUUAUCCUGCUUUUGGGUAUCCCAACUCUUUCAUAGCCAAGGGAGUAACUAAAUUGGUCGAAAACGCAAACGCAAAGGAACUGACUCAACUUGGGCGUCCUGAUUUGGUUGAAAAGUUGAAGCCUAAUUAUCAAAUGGGCUGUAAGCGAUUGGUAUUCUCGUCUGAAUUCAACAGAGCUAUCGCAAGACCAAAUGUCAUCUUGAACCAAACAGCCAUCAAAGAAGUUAGAGACAACGCUAUCGUUACUGAAGAUGGAGUCACUGAAGAAAUCGAUAUCCUUGUGUUGGGCACAGGAUUCAAAACGCAACAAGGAGUGCUUGGAGACAUUGAAAUCAUUGGCGACCAAGGCCAAUCGCUCACUGAGAUCUGGAAGAAGGAGUUGCCUCAAUUUUACCAAUCCACGAUUACCCAUGGAUUCCCAAAUCUCUUCAUGUUGUUAGGCCCAACGACCAUUUUGGGACAUCAUUCGGUAAUUCUUAUGAUUGAAGCACAAGUCAGCUUUGCUGUCAACUGCAUCAAAAAGUUGAUUAUUGAAAAAAAGAUGAGCGCAAUUGAACCCACAAUUGAAGCACAAUCAGCUUACAUGGGACAGUUGCGAUCUGAUCUCAAAGGAACAAUCUGGACGACAUCCUGUAAUUCUUGGUACAAGAACAGCUCAGGAGAGGUAACGAACAUCUACCCAAACACGGUAACACAAUUCAGGCAUACACUUGGAAAGUUUAAAGAGAGUGAUUAUGUCAAACACGCUGUAUUGGAUUCCACCGCUGCUGAUAAUUGA